CGGAAAGAGGGAUUACGGCACAUCAACGUCAAACAGAAUAACCGUUAAACCUUUCAUUCUCUCUGACAGACAGCUCAACAUCUACUCAUGUGUUGCACUUGAAAAAGUUCAUGUCAAAACAAUAACAAACUGCACGUGGCAAUGUUUACCACCUGGCUGGGGCCAGUCCCUUGGGACAGACAACACACUUCGCAAAUGCCGCCCCUUUUCGACCAGACAGACAAGCUACAUUGUUAAAAUGUUUGGCCCGGGCCACUAGGCUACUAUAAAUUGCUGGAAUGCAUCCAGGCCACAGACAUUAUUGAUGUGGAGUUCCAGACGCCUGUACAUGAUUUUCGCGAAGAUUACAAUGCAAAGAAACCUCAUCGCUGAGGAGAGCAGCCUCGCCCCGCCCCCGACCCAUUAUUUCGACAUGUGGCAUGACUACAUGAACCUAGGGAGGCUGCUGGAGAAACUGUGUGACGUCGCAGAUCGGACAGAGACCUCCUAUACCCAGCUGAAGGAGCAAGUACCGGACGCCGAGGACCAGACCGGUCGCCAGGAGCAACCGUGGUUUCGUCUGAACUCGAUCGGGACUGAGAGCCUGAGUUCUGCAAGCAGCAUUUCAGACAACACGAGCCACAGCAUGGCUUCCGGCGAUUACUGCGGCUUCUGCAAGCAAAAUGGAGAAACGGCAGAGAUCUACCGGAGCCACAAACUGAAAUCCAAAGACGGCAAAGUCAUCUGCCCCAUUCUGAGGACCUACAUUUGUCCUAUGUGUGCCGCCACCGGAGACAAAGCUCACACGCGCCGAUACUGCCCACAGCGCAACGAAGUAGUGCCGAAAUACCGGUGGGCUGUGGAGUAGAAAAUAGUUAAAUCAAUCUGUAAAUAUGUAUGUAGAAAAUAUAUCCAACGUUCUUGUUCACUGUUAGGUAGGCCUAUUUUUACCAUAUUUUUUACGCAAAGUGGCCAA